UUAAGUUAAAAUGGAAGCAGUGUGAAACAUGACACCGUUUAGUUGUACGGUUUUAAUGUGUUGGCAGUCACUGCCACAUCAACAUAACGUCUCUAGCUGUGAAGGAAAACGUAACAGCAUUUGUUUCUACUCAUACAUUCCUCGCAGACAAUGUCCAACUGAUGAUGACUCGUUAAUGAAUAUGCAAUAUGAAAUAUAGAUUUUUAUAUUCAUAACAUAUACAGAUUACCUAGCCCAGUGUAACGGAAAGGAAUAGGAAUCAACUACCAGAACCGUGUGUUCAUAAUAAUCAGAAUACUGAAUGCCAAUGCAUUGUGUCAGUGCUUAGCUGCAUUAAAAUCGUUAUACGAACUACUUUUCAUAAGUGAAGUUUUACAUGCAGUAAACGCUUUAUUCAGAAUUGCAGAAUUAAGAAAGAAGGGUUCAGACCGAACUUUAACUUAAGAACGAAACGUAAAGCCGUGUGAAACUAAAAGUGUACUAUGAAUGAACUCGAGUGAAAACAGGAUUAACUAUGUCUUGUUUAUGUGAUACUGUCAGUAGUCCUCUCAGUUGACAUUUUAAAUAAUUAGGUUACAUGAAUUUGUUCUAAAUCAAAUAUUUAAACCCAAUUAACCUACUCGCAAUUACAAUGGGUUGUGGAAGUUGUGAAACACGUCUUAGUCUACAGAAAUAUCCAAUAUGCAGGGAAUUUUUAGCAGAAUUUUUAGGAACAUUUAUUCUAAUGUGUUUUGGAGAAGGUUCUGUAGCUCAACUUGUAUUAAGUGGCGGUAAAGCUGGUUCCCCGUCCACUAUAUACUGGAGUUGGGGUAUUGGCGUCACAAUGGGGGUUUAUGUUGCUGGUGGUAUAUCAGGUGGACAUUUAAACCCAGCUGUUACAUUAGCUACGGCUAUUUUAAGGAAAUGUCCGUGGAGAAAAGUGCCUGUUUAUAUGUUAGGUCAAUAUUUAGGAUCGUUUGUAGCCUCAGUAACGGUGUUUUUUGUAUACACAGAUGCUCUUAAUAAUUUUGAUGGAGGUGUGAGGGAGACUCAGGGGUCAACAGCCACAGCGGGUAUUUGGUCAACUUAUCCUCAAGCGCACCUUUCAACUCUCAAUGGUUUUGGUGAUCAGAUAUUUGGAACAGCACUAUUAUUAAUAUGUGUAUUAGCCAUCACAGAUGACAGAAAUAUGAAGACACCUACCGGUCUAGCACCAAUCAGUAUAGGAUUAGUGGUCGUAGCUAUCGGUAUGACCUUUGGAUAUAACUGUGGUUAUGCCAUAAAUCCUGCUCGUGAUCUCGCUCCAAGAAUAUUUACUGCGGUUGCCGGCUGGGGAGCAGAACCCUUCAGUUUUCGGGAUUAUAAUUGGUUCUGGGUGCCUGUAUUUGGAUCUCAUUUUGGAGCUAUUGUAGGCUCUGUUGUAUAUCAGUUAUGUGUUGGCCUCCAUUGGCCUAAUGAAAAUGAUGAAGUUUAUAAAGAAAAAGAAAUUGUUGCAGAUGAUGAAGACCAAUCCACAACUAACACUGUUCCUCUUCAACCUUUAAUACCAUUGACGAUCUAAACACCCACCGUUUCAUUUAUCCCGCUUUAUGUCAUAUCCGGCUUACAUAAUAUAUAGAAUAGAAUCUAUAGUUUAUAUGUCAGAAGACUAAAAUCAUUUCAAACUAAAUGUUGUCCUGCUUUUAUUACUUAACAUUUGAGAUUAAUAAAGACUUUUUUUAUGUCAAGUAGUUAAGAUCAUUUUGCGGGUAGACAACGUGAUUUUAAGGAUUGUCAGUCACAACGAGUCCGUUACCUCAAAUCAGAUUCUGGCCUGUGUAUUUGGUUAGUGCUAAAUGAUAAGGCCAGCUCAAUUUUCCGUCAUAGGUCACUAAAUUAAACAGGGCUAGCGUUAAUCCCAACUCUAACCUUAACCCUGGACCUAGCCCCAAUGCUUACCCUUUAUAACCUACAAUCUCGCCAACAAUCACAUGUCCGAACCUUAUUUACAUCUCAGCGACCUUGAUAAAAAUUGAGCUGGCCUUAAC